AUGUCCGAGGGCGGUACGUUAUUGGCCUGCUCAAAAUUUGCCUGGAUUUGCCGGAUCUGGACAACGCCAGCGACUGCGCACCCUAUGUUCAUCGAUAGCAUGGCGCUUGAACGCCAUUUUAUGCAACAAGACCACUUCGCACCAAUUGCACUUGAGCGGCUCUUCGUUCAGAUAAAAGGCGUCAAAGUGGCGCGUAACACACCCGGCGUCAUGAAACAUCUGACAGCGAGUGGCAUCAGGCAACUCCUUAUUCGCAAAACAUUGAAAGCAAGCUUCUGGCUCGUCAGACUUCUCCAAGUAUUCCUUGGUGGCGCGCAACGGCUUGCCACGUUCUGA